AUGGUUAUGUACAGGAAUUUAUUAGUUUGUUUAAUUAAUAUUUGGAUAUUAAGUCAACAGCUAUCAUUUGCCUUUCUUGAAUAUAUUGAAAAUAAGGACUUAAUGAAGACUUGUAUAAAUGAUGAAGUAAAUAGUAAUGAUGGUAUAUUUUCUUUAGAUAUAUAUGAUAAUUUCAAAAAAGUCUGUAGCUUAGAUAAAAAUACGACUAGAAUUGAUAUAUCUAAAGGUUUAGUAUCAGUUGAUAAAGGCAAUUAUCUAUUGUUAUACCGUAUAUACAUAUAUGACCUAUUAAGGAAAUUAACAAUACAUAAAUCUGAAAAUAAUGAUGCUAUGUUACAAUACUCUGGUGAUAAUAAUUUAAUUAUACAUCCCCUAUUACUUAAAAUAUCUAGUUCAGAUAUUAGUAAGAUAAAGAAAUUAACAACAGUUCCAUAUUCUUUAAGAAAAAAUAUAGAAAAAAGAAAAAUGUUACAAAUAGAAUAUAAUAUAAAACCUCUACUUGGAGAACCUGAAAAAGGUAAAGAUUUAAUUAUAUAUAGAAAUCAUUCACUUGUAUCCUAUUAUAGAAAUCGUAUUUUAAGUGGAAUGAAUGUUAAACAAUUGGCAAGAAAUAGUAUGAAACAGCAUAUAAGUGAUAAAUUGGUUAUAUCUAGCAAUUUACAUAUGGGCCAGGAAAACUGGCAUGAUGAAGGAUUUGUUAAAUAUUUUAAAUUUGGAAAAGGAUCUUUUGGAGAAGUUUGGCGUGGUUUAGCAUUCACUAAAUCUAUUGAAAGUUUUUUAGGAUAUUGUAGUGAAUCUGAAUUAUCCUUAUUAAGACAAAAUAAAAAUAAAUGGAAACGUGGUAAAAAUAUUGAUAUGGAAUUUCUACAUAUAUUAGAAGAAAUUUUACAAUAUGUAGAUAAAUAUAAAAAAUCUAUUUGUAUAAAUUUUCGAACUGAAAAAGUAGAAGAAGUAAGUGUUGUAGAUAUUGUAAUGAAAAGAAUGUUAACUGAAAUCCCAAGUUGGGAAAUAAAAUUAAGUGCAAUUAGGGAAGUAUUUUUUGGAGUAUUACUUUAUUGCAUGCCUCAUACUACAAGAUUUCUUCAUGUAUUUGAAGAAGAAAAUUUAGGAACUGAUUUAGAGAUAAAAUCAGAAAUAUGGCUUGUUUAUCGUUAUGAAGGAAUAAGUUUAUAUAAUUUAUUAUUUACAGCUGAUGAAAAUGGGAAAGUUAUCCCAAGUAAAUUUUGGUGGAGACAUAUUAAAAAUAGAAUAAAUGAAAAACUACCAAAAUGUAAAAAUAAGAAUUGUAAAAAAACCAAUUUUCAAGAUUUACUUAGAGAAUUUAUGUAUCAAUUAAUAAAAUGUUUAUCAAUAAUUCAUUCAAUGGGAAUAGUACAUAGAGAUAUUAAACCAUCUAAUAUAUUAAUAAGUAUAAUAUCUAAUGAAUCAAAUUUAAAUUCAUAUUAUCUUCGUUUAGCAGAUUGGGGAAGUGCAAUAUUAGAAAAAAAAUCACAAUUACUUUUUGAAAAUUUUCCUAUCUCUAUUUUAAACAAACUUUAUGGAAAUUUUGGACCUUCAUAUCAUGAUGAAACUGAAGGAUAUCAACCACCAGAAGUUCAAUUUAAUUCUUUUAUUUAUAAUCCAACUAAAUCUAAAAUGGAUAUCUUUGAAAAUACAAGAUUAGCCUCAUAUGAUAUGUGGAGUGCUGGAGUAGUAAUGUUACAAAUUAUAUGGGGAAAUUUACAAGUUUUUUCAGUUCUUAAUGAUGAUACAAAAUUUCAACAUUUACUCUUACGUGCUAAUCGAUAUAUUGAAAAUAUGCUUAAUUCAAAUUUAUUUAAUUUUUCUGUUUCUCAAGCUAAUAAUUUAAAAAAGGAUAUUAUGUAUAGAUUAGCUUUAAUGAGAUUAUGUUUAUUAGAUUCUAAAGAUGAUAUCAGUUGGGUUCAAAAUAUUUUAAAUAAUUUCUUAUCAACCAUUGGUACAAAUUCAUCUUCAGUUUUAUCUGGAAUAUCUAAAUCAUGUACAGAUGAAGAAUUUUCAAAUAUACUUAAACAAUUUGAUCCCUCUGGAAUAGGUUUAGAUAGUCUUGAAGCAAUGAAAUUUUUGAAAUCUCUCCUAAAUCCUUCAAGUAAAGACAGAAUUACAGCUAAAAGUGCAUUACAACAUGCUUACUUUAAGGAAAAUAAAUUCAAUUAUGAAUAA